ACUUUCAUCCGAACAGAAUCCAAAUUUACGGACAAGAAUAUUUGCCUGAGCGUAUAACAUUCGAACCUGACGGUAAAUGUCCUCAUCAUCAGACAGACAAUCUGUCAACAUAUGACCAAGAUAUUUCACUUCAGUUGAGACUUUCAAUAAAGACCCAGACAAACACACACUAGUGUAUUUUAUUUUUGACGUUUUUUUUUAAAUGAAUUCAGAUUUACUCCACAACAGUAGGGGGCAGCACGCUGAUCUGUGAACUCUAACAAAAAUAAAUCAACUCCCCACUCCGCCCGACGUGUCUUUCCGUUCCGCAAAAUUACGCGCCAGCGUCUGUCUGGAGCUGCUCUCCACCUCCCUCAGUCUGCUGGGGUUUCUGCUGGCGCUUAGUGAAAAACGAUGGAGAAAACGAUGGAGCUGAAAAUGUUGCUGGAGUCAUCUCUGAAGCGGAUCUUUCAGGCGACUGUGACCGACAUCCUGGUCUCGGUGGAGCAGACCCUCGCUGAGUACCAGGGAACAAUCCAGACGAUCCAGACCGAGAACGAAGGCCUGAAGCGGCUGCUGUCUGCACAGAGGAGCGCAGAGUCCCUCCAUGAAGGUCUGCUGUCCUCAGAUCGAACUGAGGAAGAUGCUGCUAAACAGUUUUCUGGCUCAGAUGGGAACAAUCAUCCUGUUACCACCCACACUUUUGUCAAGGUGUCCAAAUACAGCAGUGAAAAGACGUGUUUCAGGAAGAAAAAUUAUAUCAAGCUGAAGGAGAGUGCAUCCUCUCCUCCAUUCUCUCUGCAGGCAGAUCAAUUAGAAGACCAGGGGUGUGUGGACAAGUCCGGUAGAAUCUCAGCUCCUGUGAAAACAGAACCUCAUUUGGAAGAAAGUGGUCAUGUUGACCUCUGCCAGCCAUCUCUGAAUCAGACCGUGAAGCUGGUGAAGAAUGAAAGCUCAGAGGUUACUGGUGAUGCAUUCACAGAUGUGCAUCUGCUGGAUCCUCCAAGGCCUAAGCAUGACUGUAGAGGGAGUGACCACAAUGUUAAAGUCACUGUUGUUUCCAAAGGCUACACACAGGAGGGACAUUUUAUAAAGAUUGAGGAGGAGGAGGAGGAGGCUGAAGCCCUGCCAGGUAUACACACCCAUCCCAGCCAGGUCAGGGUGCACAAGCACACCCACGCCGGAGAGAAGCCCUACGCCUGCUCAUACUGUGAAAAACGUUUCAAGGCCAACAGCUCACUUAAGGUCCAUCUGCGGACUCACACAGACAAGGCGUACGGCUGCCAGCAGUGCGAAAAAACCUUCUGGGGCGCUGGACCCCUGGAGAACCACAUGAGGACCCACACGGGCAAGCGGCCUCAUUGCUGCACGCAGUGUGACAAGAGGUUCAGCAAGCUCAGCCACCUGAAAGUGCAUUACAGGAUCCACACUGGGGAGAGGCCGUAUGGCUGUAAACUGUGCAGGAGGACCUUCAGCCAAUCUUCGACGCUUAAUGUCCACAUGCGGAUCCACACCGGAGAAAGGCCGUACAGCUGCGACGAGUGCGGCAAGAAGUUUACUCAGUCCUACAAACUGAAGCUGCACCUGAGGACUCACACACAGGAGAAGGAGGAAAGCUCCACAUACAAGGGUGGAAAUUAAUAUUUUUUUGUGGAGCAGCUACUCCAACAUUCCUGGAUUUUUUUCGUUUAACAUUUGCCUUGGUUACAAACACCCACAGUCCUUUCUAGUAAUAUUAAAGGUAGAGGCGGCGAUUCUUCCGGAAAUGUAAGUAUGAACCGCCCAAGUCCAUUUUUGAAUAACUGCGCAUGCGCAAGACCAUCUCACCUGCUUCUUCCUCUCUUUAGGUGGAUCGCGUGGUAAUAAAUCUCCCAAAUACAACUCCUGUCUUAUUUCUUUCUUCUGAGGCCUCCCUCUUUUGGUCAUAAACUUGUCCAACAGUUUCUUCUCGCUCUUCUCAGCCAUUUUUGAAGCAGACGGUGAGAGCAGUGGAGCUACAGUGAACAGCUAACACUGAAGCUAACUGGAUACACAAGCGCUUGAAGCGUGCAUGCACAGCCAUUGAGAAGAGACUAGCAAGGAACUGGCGUUUUGUGAGCGCCUCACAAUGACUGGCGUGUGGGACGACCAAUAGAUGAGGUGACACCCCCUGGAACUGGAUGGACAGAGGGGGGUGUGAGCAGGACGAAUCCGUGCCAUUCAGUCCUAAUGGCAAGUAUUGAUCAGAGUUCUUACAGUCCUGCAGCUUUCACUGAUAUCUAAUUUUUGCUGUUCCAUUUUUUGAAUACAUCCCAGGAUGGAAGGAUUGUAGCAUUGUGGGAACGUAUAACCCAGUAUAACAAAAUGUUUAUCUGAACAGGGUUGCCAACUACAGCUUUAUUUGUACGAUCUGUUAAUUCAUUAAUUUCAAAAGAAGAGUUUAAAAAAGAAUUUAGCAUAAAUGUGUACAGACAGUAUAUACACCUUAACAGUGGUGUACUGUAACUAGUUCACUUUAGGUCCUUACACUCGGAGAGACGACAAGACCAAAUGGGACGUUAAAAAAUAAUUUUGUCUUUACAUCAAAGAAAUGACUGAAUCUUUUUUUCCCAUAUUUACCCCCAUAGAGUAAGUCACUUGAUUAAAAGCUUUAUUGUGUCAUAUACACAUUUUAUGGCACAGGGGUAGAGCACACGUCCCAUGUACAGUGCUUAGUCUUCGAUGCGGCUGACCCAGGUUCCAUUCUGGCCCGAGGUCCUUUGCCGCAGGUCCUCACCCCUCUGUCACACCCCCUUUCCUGUCAGCCUACUUUGUAAAAAUGAGCCACUACUGCUGCAAAAACAUAAAUAUAAAAAGAAUAAAAAAAUGGAUUAUUAAAUCUGUUCUGAUUUCAGCAAAUGUGGAGCUGCUUGAAAAUAUUUCAGGUAAUAACAGCAAUAAUGGCUGGCUCUAGCUUUCAUUGUGAUUGUUGUCGUAAUUAAAGAGAUUAAUCCAAAGACUUUGUCUUAUUUCCUUUUUUAAUUGAAAUCAUUCAUUUCUUGAAUCUCACUCUGUUCGGUAGCACUAUUUAUCUGAAUAUUUUUUUGCUUUUGAUUGACAAGCCAGAACGAUAACAAGCUGAAAUAAAAUAGAGUCUAUUUUCAAAAUGUAAGGAGUAGAAAUUACAGAUAAUUGCGUGAAAAUGUAAGCAGUAGAAGCAAAAAGUAGGCUAAAACAUAAUUACUUCACUAAAGUAUACAUAACCAAAAUUUCUUCCUAAGAAAUGUAACAAAGUCUUUGUACCUAAUUACUUGACACAUCAGUAAAUAAUAGUGAAAUUACUUCUUUAUUAAAGUUUUUACAUUUUACAAAAUACGGUAUGAUAACAUGUUUGGUUAUUUGGUUUUGCACAAUUGACAUUUUUUCAUCUAAAAUGGUUUAAACCAGAAAGCUUUACGUAAAUCAUCACUUUAAUCAA